AUGGAGUCUUUCAGAGGGGUUCCUCUUCUCAUCUUGUCGACACUGUUCUUGUUUCAGACAUGCUCAAUCUCUGCCCAGAAAUCCACCUACAUUGUCCACAUGGACAAGUCACAUAUGCCACUGGCAUUUUUCACUCACCACCAGUGGUAUUCUUCCAUUGUUGAUUCUGUAGUUUCCGACAGUACCCUGGAAAGGCUGGUCUACACGUACAAUAACGUUGUUCAUGGCUUCAGUGCUGUCCUGUCCGAGGAUGAGCUUGAAUCUCUCAAGAAAUCUCCAGGAUUUGUCCACGCUUACAAGGAUAAAUCUACCGCCCUGGAUACCACUCAUACCUUUGAAUUCCUGUCUCUGAAUCCCACAACAGGGCUUUGGCCGGCGGCUCAGUUUGGGAAAGAUGUGAUCAUUGGAAUGAUUGAUACCGGAAUUUGGCCGGAAAGUCCAAGUUUCAGAGAUGACGGCAUGGGUGAAAUUCCGGAUAGGUGGAAGGGGACAUGCCAAACAGGGCCGGAUUUUAACUCUUCGUUGUGUAACAAAAAGCUGAUCGGAGCUCGUUACUUCUACAAAGGCGCCGGCGCCGGAAACUCAAGCAGUCUUUCAAGCUCUCCAAGGGAUGACGUAGGCCACGGGACCCACACCUCGUCCACCGCCGCCGGGAAUUACGUCGACGACGUUUCGUUCUUCGGCUACGCCAACGGAACCGCGAGAGGGGUGGCGCCGCUCGCGAGAUUGGCGAUGUAUAAGGUCGGUGCCAGCGGGGCGAGCUUUGCUUCCGAUGUACUCGCCGGCAUUGACACGGCGGUUGCCGACGGCGUUGACGUGAUCUCAAUUUCUCUAGGAUUUAACUUCUCUCCGUUAUAUGAAGACCCCGUCGCCAUCGCCGCGUUUGGCGCGAUGGAAAAAGGAGUCCUCGUUUCUUCCUCGGCCGGAAAUGACGGCCCGGAACUCGGAACAUUACAUAACGGAAUCCCGUGGGCCCUCACAACCGCCGCCGGAUCCAUUGACCGUUGGUUGGCGGGAACGUUGAGUCUAGGAAACGGCGUGGAGAUUCUGUGCUGGACAACAUAUCCGGAUAACGCCGUUAUCGAAAACGUUCCCCUCAUCUAUAACCAGACAAUAUCGUCCUGUAACUCAACCGAGCUGCUCUCCAAAUACUCGUACGGCAUAAUCGUUUGCGACAACGUCGGAUCAUUCGGCUCACAAAUGUCGUACAUCUCCGACGCUAAUGCCACGGCCGGAAUCUACCUUACCGACGAUCCUGAAAUAUUCCAGGGCACUUAUUUCGAUUACCCCGGCGUUGCAAUCAGCCCAGAAGCCGCACAGAUUCUGCUCAAUUACACCGGGGGCGUAUCCUCACCCUCAGCCAGCAUCAAGUUUCACCAGACAUUCGUCGGAAUAAAGCCGGCGCCGGUGGUCUCAUCCUACACAUCAAGAGGUCCGGCGCCGAGCAGUCCGGGGGUUCUAAAACCCGACCUAAUGUCGCCGGGAACACUGGUCUUAGCGUCCUGGAUUCCAGAUUCCGGUGAAUCAGGAAACGCAUAUAACAUGAUCUCCGGAACAUCCAUGGCGUGCCCUCAUUCUUCCGGGAUCGCCGCGCUUUUAAAGGGCGCGCAUCCGGAUUGGUCCCCGGCGGCGAUUCGAUCCGCCAUGGUUACCACCGCAAACCCGCUGGAUAACUCCAACGCGCCAAUUACAGACUCCGGAUUACAAUACGCGGGCGCUAAUCCGUUGGCCAUGGGAGCCGGACAAGUUGAUCCCAACCGUGCAUUAAAUCCAGGGUUUAUAUACGAUGCGGGGCGACAAGACUACAUAAAUCUUCUAUGCUCCAUGAACUUCACUAGAGACCAAAUCUUAACCAUCACGAAAUCCAACUACACCUGCGAAACCGCAUCUUCUGAUCUGAAUUAUCCGUCCUUUAUUCUUUUGUAUUCUACCAACGGAACUGAGAAGGAGGUGAGCCAGGAGUUUGUGAGGACGGUGACGUACGUCGGAGAUGGGCCGGCGACGUUUAACGUUACCCAACUGGGGUUGCCGGGGGAUUCAUUGGUGUAUGUGACUCCUGGUUCUUUGUCGUUCCAGAAUAAGUACGAGAAGAAGAAUUACACUCUGGGCGUGCGUUACACGCUCAAUGGCACCGGCGAUGUUGGGUAUGGUUCUGUGGUUUGGGAAGAUGAGAGCGGUAGUUAUACCGUGAGGAGUCCCAUUGUGGUGGCGCCGCUGGUUGAGGUCUGGUGAUUAAUUAAGUGCAAUUGCAUUGCAUGCAUGGAAGAGUUUUAUGCAUGGGGAGUACGUGUUUAUUAGUCAUCACAAUAAAUUAAAGUCUCCAUUCUCCAGGAAUGAUAGGAUAGAUGUUUGAGGUACAUCUGGAAAAAUAAGAUACGGAAAUGUAAGGUUUAUGCCGUCAUGCAUUUCUGUGCUACAUUUAUGUUAUUCUUGGUGUGCCAUUUCUGAAUUCUAACAUUUCAUCAUCUUUGCAA